AUGAAGUCCCUAUUAACGCGAGGCAUAGGGGUGCACCAUGCGGGACUGCUGCCUAUUAUUAAGGAGAUGGUGGAGAUGCUCUUUGCACGUGGACUAGUUAAGGUGCUGUUUGCCACAGAGACCUUUGCGAUGGGCGUUAACAUGCCUGCACGCUGUGUCGUGUUCGAUCAGGUGCGUAAGUUUGAUACCGGUGGCCAUAGAAACCUUCUGCCUGGAGAGUACAUCCAGAUGGCUGGGCGUGCGGGGCGACGAGGCUUAGACCCAACGGGAACCGUGAUUCUGAUGUGCAAAAAC